GUAGUAUUAAAGGAACAAGUUGUAAGGUAGAGUAGCCGCUUCGCGAGCAUCUGACCACCACUAGCCGUUACUCAUGGACUACUCGGAUGUCAUCGCUAACCAGCCCGUUGUUAUAGACAAUGGGUCAGGUCUAAUAAAAGCCGGAUUCUCAGGAGACCUUGUGCCUAAAUGCCAUUUUUCUUCAUUUAUUGGUCGACCAAAGUACGAACGUGUGAUGGCAGGUGCCCUGAAACCAGACAUAUUCAUGGGUUCUCAAGCUCAGGAACACCGGGGACUGCUCAAUAUUAAAUACCCUAUUGAGCAUGGUAUAGUGACUGACUGGGAUGAUAUGGAGAAGUUGUGGAACUAUGUGUACUCUAAAGACCACCUAAACACCUUCCCUGAGGAACACCCUGUCCUGCUGACUGAAGCUCCUAUAAACCCUAGGAGGAACCGAGAGAAAGCUGCCGAGAUAUUUUUCGAGACAUUCAAUGCCCCGGCUUUCUUCGUGUCAAUGCAAGCGAUCCUGAGUCUGUACGGAACAGGACGAGUGACAGGUGUGGUUCUAGAUUCAGGAGAUGGUGUUACACACGCAGUUCCUAUUUACGAGGGUUUUGCUAUGCCACAUUCCAAGCGUAUUGAUGUAGCCGGCAGGGAUAUUACACGGUACCUCAAGAUUCUGCUGAGAAGAGAAGGACACAACUUCAAGACUACUUCAGAGUUUGAGAUUGUUAGAACCAUCAAAGAGAAAGCGUGUUAUCUUGCUCACAACCCGCAAAAAGAGGAAUCCAUGGAGAGCGAGAAAGGAGCGUACAUGUUACCGGACGGCAGCACGAUUGAGAUAGGUAAAGCAAGAUUCAGAGCACCUGAGGUCUUGUUUAGACCUGAUCUUAUUGGAGAGGAGAGCAGUGGAUUACACGAGGUGCUAUUUCAUUCAAUACAGCGAUCAGAUAUGGAUUUAAGAAGAACUUUUUACAGCAACAUAGUUUUAUCUGGUGGUUCAACUCUAUUCAAAGGAUUCGGAGAUCGAUUAUUGGGUGAACUGAAGAAGCUAUGUCCAAAGGAUAUGAAAUUGAAGAUAUUAGCGCCACAAGAACGUUUGUAUUCAACCUGGAUCGGGGGAUCAAUCUUGGCCUCACUGGAGAACUUCAAGAAAAUGUGGAUAUCCAAGCGUGAAUAUGAGGAAGAGGGAGUAAGGGCAGUGCAUAGGAAAACAUUUUAAAGUUUUGUAGAUAUAUUUGAUUAUCAUUAUGUGUAAAUUUUAACCUUCCAGAGCAACACUUCGUGAGGCAAUAGGUUGUCAUCAGGA